CAUGAGUCAGCGGUUUGCUCUAACACCAUCGCACAAUAGCUGCAUUCUUUCACGGGGCAAGGCCUCAUUAUAGUCGCAUGCGCUACCACUCUCCCUCGACCACAUCAACAGACUGGAAUUGCCGUAUCCAUACGAUUCUUCGACACACCGUCACUCACUAACACAGCAAUCUUCACCAGGCGGCUCUGAAGAGACUACAUUCACUUGAGGCCGAGGCAGCAAGCAGGCUGGAUGCCCGCACCAGCGUACCUUGCUGGCCUUGAUCAAAAGCACAGACGAAAGCACAAUGGUCGCGCGUUCAAAGCCUCCACGUGCGGCGCCGCGUGGCCCAGCAGCGGCUCGACGACAAGCUCUCCGCGCGGACAAAGACGGCGACGUCAGCAUGGGGCUAUCAAUCAAAGGCAGAGCUGGCGUCGGCAAGAGCACACCACCCACAGGUCCUCGCAAGGAUGCUGCAGGUGGACGACCAUCGCGGAACGGAAUCAUCAGCGCAACGGCACAGCGCGCGAUUCUAAGACAGGCAGGAGCGAGCGACGUGUCGAUGAAGGAAGUACGCUCCAGCGGGCCAAGAGGCGGUCUGGUCGAGCUUAAGGUCACUGGUUGGAACAAGAGUAAGGCCUCCGGCGACGAAGAUGGGGGAGUCAGCUCGCUGUUGAAGUGGCUAGAAAAAAAGGCGAGCGUAAGACUCGGGUCAAGAGCACGCAGCGUGAGGAUUAAGAAGUCACGUGUGGAAGGAUCCGACUUGAUCGUCAAGGUUGCACCUGAGGACGUGCCGCCGCUUGUACGAAUGAACGGCUACGGGUGGGCUGGGACGACCGUGAGUAUCGAGCGACUCGGUGGCGCUGUUCAGGGCACUCCGGUAGUGUCAUCCGAGGCGGAGAGGAUCAAGGAGAUGCUCAGGCACGUACUUGAGCGACGCUACGACCUCGAAACGAAGUUUCUCAACCUAAGCGCGCUUGGCCAAGACGAAGAACUUCAGCAACAGAAGAUCUUCGAGUCUAAAUCGACUACGAGCAAAUUCUUCCCGGCUAUGAUGAAAGUACUUGAACACUCAUUCGACAAGAAGGAAGACCUCUUUGCUGCGAUAACCAGUGUCUCCCUUGCCAACAACGACCUUGAAGAUCUGGCCGCUGUUACCUCACUAUCAAUAACGCUGCCAAGACUGCAAAACCUUGACCUUUCGAACAACAAGUUCCGAAAAUUAUCUGCCCUUGACAACUGGCGCAGGCGUUUCGGCCAACUUGAACGCCUGAUUCUGACUGGCAACCCAAUCGAGCAGAACGACCCAGGCUAUGCGGUUGAAGUCGUUAAGUGGUACCCGAACCUGCGACAGCUCAACAAUGUUCAAGUGCGCACUGAAGAAGAAGUGGCGAAUAAAGCUCAGAUUACCGACAUGCCGUUCCCAAUCCGGAGCGCUAUAUUUCAAGACGAGGGCGGUAUCGCCGAGCAGUUCGUACUGAAGUUCUUUGCGGGCUUCGAUUCUGACCGCGCAGUACUCGCGGCGUAUUAUUUUGACGAGCACUCCGAGUUCUCGUACGCGGUCAACUCGCAAGCACCGCGCGACCCGGCAGCGACUGAGAAGCACGAGGCGGGCGAGUGGGAGGGCUUGCUCAAGCAGAGUCGCAACCUUAGAAAGAUCCAACAGCUUCCGGCGCGGCAAGCUAGGAUUUUCCACGGCACGAAGGCUGUUGCAGAUGCUUUUAUUGGCCUGCCGCAAACGAAGCAUCCCGAUCUCGCGGCUGAAGCGAAGAAAUGGAUUGUCGAGGCGAGGAUGGUACCAGGUGUGCCAGAUCCGACGGGGCAGUCACCGAAUGGCGUAGACGGCUUCUUCAUUACUGUUCAUGGCGAGGUUGAGGAGCUUGUGGCAUCAAGCGGUCAGAUCAAGAAACGCAGCUUCGACCGUACCUUCAUCCUCGGUCCAGGCGGGGUAGCGGGCGUCCGCAUUGUCAGCGAUCAACUUACAUUGCGCAGCUACGGCGGCACGCAAGCGUUUGAGCCUGAGAAUGCCGAGGGGUGGAACGCCGAGCCGACAUACGCCGCGCAGGCAGAAAUCGAUGGCGCACCGCAGCUGCCAGAAGGCCUAACUAUACCGCAGGCUGAGCAGAUGGUGGCGGCGCUGAUGUCGCAGACUGGCAUGACGCUGCAGUACGCUAAAGACUGUUUGGAUCAGAGCGGAUGGAAUGCGCAGGUAGCCGUGGUGAACUUCGAGAAAGCGAAGGCCAUCCUUCCGCCGACAGCGUUCAUGUCAACGGCCGCUUAGGAGAGGGUUGGCAGUAUCAGGAUCUUUUGGCAGGUGCAAAGACAAGGAAGGGAGAGGAGCAGAAGGAAGAACUGAGCGCGACGGUCAGAUUCAUGGCAUGACGGGAUUGUUUAGUUGAUGUUUUAGCGAUGGCGCUGGAAAGGAGGGUUUGAUUGCGUACAUUCAGACUGCGCUUAUCAUGGAAAUUCCUGGACACUCAUAGCACGAUGCACUUCGCUUCCAUGCAAUAGCUAGAGCAAAUGACGAUUGUCGUAUCACGUC